AAUACGAAUGUGUUUCUUGGAUGCUAGAUUUCCAUAUACUAGGUUCAAUGCAAGUUGAGAUCGAUUUUGACUUGACUUUAUCUUCAUUCUCGGUUUUGCUUCAACCUUUUUCAAGUAACUUUUGAUAAGAAGAAAAUGGGAUCCUAGUCAGACUGUAGUUGAAAAAUUCUGCAUCAUCAUUGAAAUUUUAAUAAUUUUGCUAAAAGCUAAUUGGAUGUAAUCUGAUUGGUAUAUUCACAAGCAUGAUUGGACUGUAAUGCUUAAUGCACAUGAUGAUCUAUUUGACCUUUUUCUUUAAAUAAUAUUUAGUUGAAGUAAGAAAUAAGUUUAAAAAAUUAAAUUUUUUGAGGUAGGAAACAAAAGAUUAAAGGUGGUGGUAAUAAAAGCAAAUGCAAGAGUAGAUUAGGGAUUAAAACUAUCAAUUGACCGAAGCAAAAGAGAGAAAUUAAAGGGAAUAGAGAACUGAAAUUAUCGAAGUAGUCUUCUAAGAAAGAGUCAAGCUCAAUCGCCCCAAGGUAAUCUUUUCUUGUUUCCGUUUUGCUUGUGGAGAUUGAACUGCAUACAGAAAACUGUAAAGAGAAGGAAACACAACUUGUGAAAUAUGUCUCCAGUUCUAGGGUUAAUAGAGAUGAGUGUCAAUUAAGACUCAGCGGCAAAAGCUCCCAAGGUUUGGGGGGCUAAAUAAUGGGUUUCACUUUAAAAUGUUGGUACGCAUAGUAUACCCACAAUCUUCACGUUUGGCCCACCAACAUGAAAAGAAAGGAUCGUCAAAUCAUGUCUUGCAAUGGGAAGUCAACAAACGUCAUGUGGCAUAAAAGUUCAGUUGAUAAAUUUGAUAGGCAAGAGUUACUUCAGCAGAAAGGUUGUGUCAUUUGGAUUACUGGUCUCAGUGGUUCAGGAAAAAGCACUUUGGCAUGUGCUUUGAGCCGAGGAUUGCACUCGAGAGGAAAGUUGACCUACAUACUUGAUGGUGACAAUGUCCGACAUGGCCUGAACAAUGACCUAGGUUUUAAAGCAGAAGACCGGGCAGAAAACAUUCGGAGGAUCGGGGAGGUGGCAAAGCUUUUUGCAGAUGCUGGUGUGAUUUGCAUUGCUAGUUUAAUAUCUCCCUACCGAAAGGACCGAGAUGCUUGUCGUGCAUUAUUAGCAGAUGGAGAUUUUAUUGAGGUGUUCAUGGAUGUGCCACUCCAAGUGUGCGAGGAAAGGGACCCAAAGGGACUGUACAAACUUGCUCGAGCUGGAAAGAUCAAAGGUUUUACCGGGAUUGAUGAUCCAUAUGAACCACCACUAGAUUGUGAGAUAGUACUGAAACAGAUGGGAGACGACUGUUCUUCUCCAUGCGAUAUGGCUGAAACUGUAAUAAGUUACUUGAAAGAAAAAGGGUAUCUGCAGGCUUAAUAAGCAAAAAAUAGAAGUAAAAAUAAAAUAGCUUCCUGGUGAAAGCUUUCAGCCCCCUGUAGCUGAAGCCUAUAUUCACCACAACAUAAAAUGCUGAAUUAUUGGAAAUGAAUUUAUUUCCAUUUGGCAAGGAAGCUUCUGCACUGCUGCAUCAAGGAAAUUUCUCGUUUCCUGAACGUAGCAAUCAUAUCAUUUCUGGAAUGGUAAGGGGUUUAGUGUAUAGGUUUUAUCAUCUAGCAAUUUGAUAUUCAUGUUGGAAAAUAAAAUAUCGGGGGCUUGCACUGAAUUCUUGUAUUGAAACAGGCGCUCAGAGCUUUUAGAUUUGUGUAUUUACUGCAAAUAAUACCUAGAAUCGCUUCAUUUACUUAGAGGAUAUAUAUAUAUAUUCCUUUUUUUGGGCAGAGAAAUGUUGUUGAGAACAAUUGUUGAUUUAUUAGUAAUUCUUUAAAUUCUUGUACAACUGCUCCCCAAUAAAAUCGGACAUUUUCUUUUUCUCCUUUUC